CAUCCUGGCUUGUUACGACUGGCCACGGGAACCUUUUUUUUGCAGUUUUACAACCAGGAAGCAGGGCUGCUGUUUCUCUUGGGCAACACUGGAGUUCUGUUUAAUUUAGCAUAAUGAUUUUUGGUGGAUUUCUUAUAAGCAGCAACUGAAGUUAACAAGCAGAAGCAGUCAUGGAGGUGUUUGUUCUGAUGGACUUCGAGGGCAUUAACGAUGAGUUGAAAAUGAAAGCUGGUGAUGUCAUCAAGAACGUCAGGGCAGGAGCGGAGCAGGGCUGGAUGGAGGGAGAGCUGAAUGGCAAGAGAGGAUUUUUUCCCAGCAACUUUGUCAAGGAGAUUCCCUCGUAUUUAAUGGGUGACCAUCUCCGAGAACCAAGAAGCAUUCGAAAAGGUAAAACACUGAAGAAAAAACAGACCCUCUGUGAAGUGGCCUUCGCCUAUUCUCCUCUGGACAAGGACGAACUUGAAUUGAAAGAAGGGGAAAUUAUAGAAUUUAUAAAGGAGAUAGAAGAUGGCUGGUGGCUGGGUAACAAAAAUGGCAAAAUAGGGGCUUUCCCGUCCAACUUUGUCAAGGAGAUUCCAGAAACUACUGACGUGCCGAACAGCUCUGCUGUAAAACAAAGACCAAAGCUGUCAGAAGCAUUGUUCACUAAAGAGCUGGAAAAGCAACCACAAUUGCAACACACAUGUGGGGCAGGCCAGAGGCUUGACAUAAACCAAGACAACGAACGCUGUAAGGUUAUGUUCGAUUACACUGCCACUGCUGAAGAUGAACUGGACCUGAAGAAAGGGGAUGUUGUGGUAAUAAUCAAUAAGGACACAGGCGACGAGGGCUGGUGGGAGGGAGAGCUUAAUGGCAAACAUGGCUUCUUUCCUGAUAACUUUGUCAUGGUUCUCCCUACAGCGUGUUUGAUGCUGGAGAACACUGACAGGCCUCUUAGAAGAAUGCUUGACAAGAGUUCAGUGUCUAAACCAGGAGUGCCAGCAAUGGACAUCAAGAACUGUUCUGACCAUAGCAGGCCUGAGGCAGACCUUUUAAAAGAUGAGAGAAAGGACCUGAGGAGUGAUCCUUCCUCCAAGCAGCUCCUCCCUCCUCUGAAGAAAGUGCCACCACCAGUAAAGAACAAGCCUGUCAAAAACCUGCCAAGCAAAACAAAUGGAGAGAUCGCCCCAUUAUCACCCAAACCUACAGAGAUGGUAAAAGAGAAGGCAAAGGAGACAGAUUCAAUUCAUAUUGAAGAUGUAGCCGUCUCUUCAGACAAGCUUAGCCACCCCACUGCCAACAGAGCCAAACAUCAGGGAAGAAGACCCCCGUCUCACCUGGUUAUUAAUAAAACAACUGUGGAAAAGCCUUUGCUCUCACCAGUAACACCAAAGAACGACCACGCUGCCUCCCAUUUUCCGAGAGUCACUUCCCCGUUAAAAGCAAUUCCAUCACAGAGCAUACCAGAGACCAAACCCAAGGCUGAGCAAGAGACGCAUGAAAAUAUAGAGGAGCUCAAGGCUGAAAUCAGGGAACUCAGCUUAGGACUGGCGUUGCUAAAGAACCAACAUGUGAGGGACAUAGAGGAUUUGAAAAAAGAAAUGAAGGCAGAAGCAGCAAAGCGCAUGGCACUGCAGGAGGAAGUGGAAAUGCUAAGGAAAUCUGUCAACCAACAUUAACACUUGUUACAAAUUUGUGGCAAACGCCUUAAUGUCCUGGAGAAUGCUGCCGUAUUACUGUUUCUUAUUAACACAGCCAUGUAGUUAAGCUUUUUUUUACUGACAAACUUGGAAAGGUUUACUGAGAAGACUGCUCAAGGUAAAGCUGUUACGAUGGCUGUAACCAAUUAUAACAGACAAACAACAAUAUAGCUCAGCCCAUGAGCGUAUUCAUCUGGCUUAACUAUUAAUAUGUUGAACAGUAAGUUAUUAUGUCCAGGUAUUUUUAGUAUGGGGAUGCAGCUUUGUAAGACCCCACUGUGAAGUUUUGACCCUCACAGUAAAUACGGUCAGCUGUGACUGCAUGUUCAAACUUCCUUCUUUGGGAAAGAUACUAGAAACUGAAUCUCCGGUGGCCGUAUCAUUGAACUGAUCAUUGUGUCGCCUGGGUGGAGAGAUUUUGAACUGACAUUUUGCAACAAAGUGAUUAUUAUAUGUUGCUUACUGUAUCGGUGUUAUAACUGAUAUCAAUGGGAUUAGAUUAGAUAGGGGAUAAUGUUAACUAUCACAAAUAGUAAUUGUAUUAUGCUUGUUAUUAAUAUACAGUAUAUUUAGUCUCUGACUGAAGGCAAAGGCCUUCAUCUUUUGUUUUUAAUAUGAUGACCCGUUUCCUAAUAUACUGUGAUAUAUGUACUGUGUACACAUCUUCGUUUGAGCAUCACAAAACAGUGUUUACUGUGAGACGAGGCUGGGAGUGAUUAGAGGAGGUCAGUGUUUUUUUACAGUAAUUGUACAGCAAGGAAAGAGCAUUCUGAAUUGCAAAAUUGAUCUAUAAUUCAAAAAGGAACUCCUUUAUUGAGUAGACAUGAGAACAAGACUAGAGAAGGUGGAAUCUUCGGGGCCUGCCAGGACAGAAAGGAUUAAUGUGUCUCUUAAAGGAAAAGUCCCGUUGGAACUGUCUUCAUAGACCCUAUUCACAACCCUUUAACUCAUGCAUUAUUUAAGGAAUAUUGUUUAUAAAGUCUGUUUGAUUAAAGAUUUGUAUGCACGACAUUAACUGUUCUAGAUGCCAGCAACUGUGAACAAUUUCUGUGUGUCACGAAUAUCUAUAAAAACUUGCUUUCUUUAGAUAACUCGUGUGUUCAAGCUUUGUGAAUAAGGCUCUAUGCCCCCUUUAGUCACUGCAUGCAUAAUUAUACUACAUAAAGUUUCCUAUAUUUUUUCUAAUACUUGUAUGGGGUGUUUUUUCUUUUUCACAAGGUUAUAGCAGUGUAACUUUUCAAACUCCAUAGAGUUCACACAGCCUGUUUUAAAAUGUCUAUAAAGUAGGGGAUAUCUGUACUGUCUGGGUUUCUUAUUUCAUAGUGGUUAACUGUUGCAUAUUUUGUCCAAAGAACUUUUGCCAAAAACAAUCUGCUUGUAACUGCCAUUUAAUAUUAUUCAACUGAGUUGCCUUUCAAACAAAAUGCAUUGCAGAACGUUGCAGGCUUUGUCCUAAACUGAUGGCGCUAAUAGUGUCACACUACCUGAAAUGAUCAUUUUUAGUCGCUGGUAAGGCAUAUGAAUGUUUCCUUUUUCACAUUUUUUAUUUGACUAAAUCUACUUGUAUUAAAUAAAUCCAUUUUAUUUA